GUGAUCGAGGAGCAGAAGCGGCGCCUGGCGGAGCUGAAGCAGAAGGCGGCGGCCGAGGCGCAGUCGCAGUGGGAAGCGCUGCACGGGCAGCCUCCCUUCCCCUCCUACCCUCCGCUCAUGCAUCACUCCAUCCUCCAUCACCUCCCGCUCGGCAGCGGGCCGCGGGCCGAGGAGCUGGACCACGCGUACGACACGCUCAGCCUGGAGAGCUCGGACAGCAUGGAGACCAGCAUCUCCACGGGCAACAACUCGGCCUGCUCGCCCGAUAACAUGUCCAGUUGUGUUAUCCCUCCCUUCCUACAUAGGGAAUCUCGACGGAAAACUCCUGUGGCCGUUUCCUUGAAAGAAAAUGAGCGUCUCUUCGGCGAUAGCGCGCUAGGAAUGUCAAUAAGGACCCCCAAGGUGGCGUUCAGAUACUUUCAGGAUCUGCUGGGCAAGCACGUGGAUAACCCGCAAGUGGCACUGUACCGAUCCCGAUUCCCAGAACAUGAACUGGUGAAGGAUGAGAGGAGACAGACGGUUGUUUUCAAGCUGUCCCAAACGAUGCAGUAUUCUCCAGAAGAGAUGCUGGGAAUGGUCUUGAACUAUUCACGUGGUCUGGCGGAAGAAUUUGCAGAGCAGCCCAUCAAGGACGCGGUGAUCACGGUUCCUGCCUACUUCAACCAGGCCGAGAGGAGGGCGGUUCUGCACGCUGCUCGCAUGGCCGACCUGAAGGUUCUGCAGCUCAUCAACGACAACACCGCCGUGGCGCUCAACUACGGGGUCUUCCGGAGGAAAGACAUCAAUGCCACCGCGCAGACCAUCAUGUUUUAUGACAUGGGAGCAGGAAGUACCACUUGUACUAUUGUCGCUUAUCAGACGGUGAAAACUAAGGACUCGGGAACCCAACCUCAAUUGCAGAUCCUUGGCAUUGGGUUUGAUCGUACUCUUGGAGGCCUGGAGAUGGAGCUUCGGCUCCGGGAUUAUUUGGCAAAACUCUUCAAUGAUCAGCAUCCUUCAAAGGAUGUCCGAAAGAACCCGCGGGCCAUGGCCAAGCUCCUGAAGGAGGCCAACCGUCUGAAGACCGUCCUGAGCGCCAACGUGGACCACAUGGCACAGAUUGAGGGACUACUGGAUGAUAUUGACUUCAAGGCCAAGGUCUCAAGACAAGAGUUUGAGGAUUUGUGCUCUGACUUGUUCCAGCGAGUCCCAGGACCUGUGCAGCAAGCCUUGAGCAGCGCCGAGAUGGACCUGGGUGGAAUUGACCAGGUGAUUCUAGUUGGCGGUGCCACACGGGUCCCCAAAGUGCAGGAGGUUUUGCUGAAAGCUGUGGGCAAAGAAGAGCUGGGCAAGAACAUCAAUGCGGAUGAGGCUGCUGCUAUGGGGGCAGUCUACCAGGCAGCUGCCUUAAGCAAAGCCUUUAAGGUGAAGCCUUUUGUUGUUCGGGAUGCGGCGCUCUUUCCUAUCCAGGUGGAGUUCACUCGGGAGGUCGAGGAGGAGGAUAAAUCCAAGAGCCUGAAGCACAACAAGAGGGUUUUGUUCCAGCGCAUGGCGCCCUACCCCCAGCGCAAAGUGAUCACCUUCAACCGCUACACGGACGACUUUGAGUUCUACGUCAACUACGGAGAUCUGUCCUUCCUGAGCCGGGAUGACGCGCGGAUCUUUGGGUCUCUGAAUCUGACUACUGUGCGGCUGAAGGGAGUUGGGGACAGUUUCAAGAAGCACUCGGAUUAUGAGUCCAAAGGCAUCAAAGCUCACUUCAACAUGGAUGAGAGUGGCGUACUGAGUCUUGACCGGGUGGAAUCUGUGUUUGAGACCUUGGUGGAAGACAAGCUGGAAGAGGAAUCAACACUGACAAAGCUUGGAAACACCAUCUCGAGCCUGUUUGGCGGGGGCGGCCCUACGCUGGAGACCGGCGAGAACCUGACAGACCCGGUGCAGGAAGAAGAAGAGAGCCUAGCAGAAAGUGCUAGAGAGGAGCCGGGGGAGAAACAGGAGCAGAAGAGCAGUGCGGAAGAUGCUGGUGCAGAGCAGGGAGAGGAGAAACAGCAGUCACCACCUCCAGGUCAAGACAAACCAGAAACUGCUCCUCCAAAGACAGAGUCGGAGAAAAAAGACGAAGGAGAGAAGUCAGAGCCUCAGGAUCCCAAAGAGAACAGAGAAACCGUGAAAGAGGAAGAACCCUCCAAAAGUUCUGGUGACAGCACAGCAACCAAAACAGAGGAAGAAAAGAAGAUCAAAGCACCCAAGAAGCAGAAGCUUGUGCAUGAGAUCACCAUGGAACUGGAUGUAAAUGAUGUGCUCGAUCCGUUGGAGGAUGAGCUCCAGAGCUCAGUGAAGAAACUCCAAGAUUUGACAAUCAGGGAUCUAGAGAAACAGGAAAGAGAAAAAUCGGCCAACAGCUUGGAGUCAUUCAUCUUUGAGACCCAG